AUGCUGAUUUUGUUAACAACGGAAAGCCUUUUGGUGAAUAUUACUUACCUUCGGAGUGCCGUGGCGAAAGGGGCCGUUUGUUUGGAUGGGAGCCCACCUGCAUACCAUCUUCAUAGGGGCUAUGGAGAAGGAAUUAACAAUUGGUUGGUCCAAAUUGAGGGAGGGGGCUGGUGUAAUAAUGUGACUACCUGCUUUGCACGUAAGAACAGCCGUUUGGGUUCCUCGAACAGAAUGGUUAACCAGCUGGCAUUCUCCGGAAUAUUGAGCAACAGAGAACGGUUUAAUCCCUAUUUCUACAAUUGGACCCGAGUCAAAAUCCGGUACUGUGAUGGUGGGUCGUUUACCGGUGAUGUGGAAGAAGUAAAUCCUCGGACGAAACUUCACUAUCGAGGAGCAAGGAUAUUUGAUGCUGUCAUGGAGGACUUGUUAGCAAGAGGAAUGAAGUCAGCUGAAAAUGCUAUUCUAUCUGGAUGCUCAGCUGGUGGAUUAACAACAAUUCUUCAUUGUGAUAACUUCAAGAGACUUUUUCCUAGGACCACCAAAGUAAAAUGCCUUUCGGAUGCCGGUUUUUUCAUUGAUACGAAGGACGUUUCUGGAGUACCCCAUAUCGAGACCUUCUUUCACGAUAUAGUCACAACUCAUGGGUCAGCAAAGCAUUUGCCCCCAUCAUGCACCUCACAAAUGAGAUCGAGUCUGUGCUUAUUUCCACAAAACGUGGCGAAAUAUAUCGAGACGCCCCUUUUCAUUUUAAACGCGGCCUAUGACUCAUGGCAGAUAAAGAAUAUUUUAGCUCCCGUUCCUGCUGACCCUCGCGGGUUCUGGCUCAGCUGCAAGAUGGAUAUUGCAAACUGUUCUGCCAGUCAACUCAAAACCAUGCAAGGGUUCAGAUUGAAGUUUCUGAAAGCAUUGCAUCAAAUAGGAACCUCAACCUCAAGAGGAUAUUUUAUAAACUCUUGCUAUGCACACUGCCAAACUGAAAUGCAAGAGACUUGGUUUUCUAGUGAUUCUCCCAGAUUAAAUAACAAGACAAUUGCUGAAGCUGUUGGAGAAUGGUUUUACGGCAAAAGCACGUUUCAGAAGGGAGAUUGCGUUUUUCCUUGUGACAAAACUUGUCACAAUCAAGUUUUCGAGCCAUACGGAUUGGAUAAACGGUAG